UUCAAUAUGUCACAUGAUGAGAAUACUCAACUUUUGGAUCAAUCUAAAGAGUUGACCAAGGAUGAUAUCAACAAGAUAACAACUAGGAAUGUAAAUAUAAUGGUACUCAUUGUGUUCCUUUCAUCGAUUGGAUUCACUCUUGUAAUGCCAUCCUUGUAUGAUUACCUUAAUCAAAAUAAGGACUAUGUUCAUAAAUAUUAUGGAUUGGUAACGGCUAUAUAUAGCUUUGGUCAAUUGGUAUCAUCACCUGGAUUUGGAUAUUGGGGUAAUAGGAGACCAAAGAUUGAAUCUAUAAUCAUUGCAACAAUAAUAUCUUUGAUUGGCAAUGGUUUAUAUGGAUUCACUUAUGAACUUGGAGGUGUAUCAUUCAUACCUGUUAUAUCAUUGUCAAGAUUCAUUGUUGGUGUUGGAUCUGGACGAGUUGCAGUAUGUCGAGCAUAUGCUUCUGAACGUACCGAGGCUAGCAAGAAAACUCAAACAAUGGGAAGGAUGUCUGGAGCACAAGGUGCUGGAUUUGUAAUUGGACCAAUUAUAGGAUAUGGACUAUCUCAUGUUGACUUUAAAGUUGGCAAUAUUGUGGUCAAUAAGUUCACUGCACCUGGAUUCGCAUCAGUUAUACUUAAUAUAAUAUCAAUGGUCAUUGUACUACUUUGGUUCAAGGAGCAAUCAGUUCCAGAACAUCCUCAAUCAUUCAAUCAAUCAAUCAACAAUGACACAGACGACAACAACUUCAUUGGUAAAGCUCAACAAGGUGAUAAUAGCCCUCAACAAGUGUUGCUGCCAGUGUUUGUAUCGAAUUACAUGUUUGGAGUGAUAUUGUCGGACUUCUCUGUGUUUGAAUCAAUCUUGACGGCAAUGACAUUACAUUUCUAUAACUGGGGACCGAGUGAUAAUGGACUGCUGUUAACAUUCUCUGGAGUGGUCAGUGUGAUGGUAUUCAUUGUGAUCUCUACACCCAUAGUCAAAAGGUUUGAAGAUCGAAAGAUGGCCAUGUUUGGCUACAUCAACCUAGUUGUGGCACUCUUAUUCCUUGCUGCCUAUGACAAUGGACCUUUUGACUUUGAGAAAGGUUUACCAAAAUGGCAACUAUUUGUUGGUGCAGUGUUUGUCUCGAUUGGAUAUCCAAUAGCAUCGUCAAUGGUCUAUGCGAUAUAUUCCAAGAUACUGAGUCCAGAGAAGCAGGGAACAAAGAUGGGUUGGUUGACAUCAGGUGGUUCAUUCGCAAGAAUGAUUGGUCCACUAUGGGCCAAUGCAUUGUUCAACAUUGCAGAUGAUGUUCUGUACCUGACCUGUGCGGCAUUCACCGUCACUGGUAUCGUAGCAUUAUGUUUGUUCUACAAACAACUUGAACCAAGACCAGAGUACUCCUCCUCAUCCUCCUCUAAUGUAAUCAAACCUGAUGAUGAUUUUGAACAUCAUGGAACU